AACACAGGUCUGUCCAGGUGCUACGGUCCUCCUCGUUUCGCGGGUGGGCGGGGCCUGCGCAGGUGAGGCUCCGCUGCGUGACGCGAUCAUGGCGCUGUAGCUGGACUUUGAAGCGCUUUCACCGACGACGACUUCACAUCAGCAGGUAUGAACAGUUCGUCUCGUCCGAACCGGGACAACCGGAACCAGCAGCAUCACCGGAACCCGCGCGACGACCGAAACUCAUCGUCCGCCAGGUCUUCCUCCCGGGCUCCGUAUGACCCCAGAGAAGGCAGCUACCACCACAAACAUGCACGCGAGUCGAGUCAAGUGGCGCAUCGCGAGUCCAAAUGCAACCACAUCUGCUCCAGAAGAGGCGUCAUGCUGAUCUGUGCUGUGCUCACCAACGCCCUGGUCCUCAUCUGCGUGGUGGCCGCUCAGAUGGUGACGUCGGGCCUGUCCUCAGCCGCCAGCAUGGGCGGCUUCGACAUCAACUCCAACUUCAACCUCCAGGGCACCGACCUGCAGAAGGCUCGGGACCUGGACAUGCAGUACAGCCAGAUGAGGGCGCCGGGGACCUACGGCGGCGUGACCUUCAGCCUGACCUUCGGCGUCAUCUCGCUGCUGUUUGUGGUCAGUGGGAACAAACCACCUCAGCUCAUGUCCCAGAAGCUCCUGCUGGGCGCGCUGGUGUUCCAGGCUGUUGGUGCCGUGGGCUACUUGGUGGCCGUCGCCCUCUACCUGCACUUCAUCAUCGGCGUCAACUCCACUGACACGUGCAAACAGCGGCAGAGUGUGUAUGCGCACGGCGGCUACACCUGGAUGACCUGCGACGUGAGCGGCGCCGACGCAGCAGUGGCUCUGUUCGGGAUCAUCACCGCCAUCCUGUACGCGGCCGGGGCCGUGUUCACCUACCGGACCAUUCGACAGGUGAAGGCCUACCUGCAGCAUCGAGACCGCGAGGCAGAGAGACGCCUGGACCGGCCGCAGGACCGGGACCGGCCGCAGGACCGAGCCAAAGCGCAGAGGGCCGACGCCAUCUUUGUGUGAGCAGCAGGACAAACACUGGCACCUGGGUUCCUGCAGCCUGAAGCAAAGCUAGUGGCUUUUAGAUUGUACUGAUUGUUUUUAACCUCUGGGAUCGUGUGAUCCACAACUUGGAUCCAAGCAUAAACUAAAUGAAUCACGUACUUGUCAAACAACCUGCUUUGUGCCUACAUGUCCUCUAAUGCUUUAAUACUUUUUAGGAUUUGUAUCUGCAGUUUUGUCACUGAAAAUAACAAUGUCUCAGUUUUUUACUUUUUAGAGUUAAAUCUAUGGACGUGACAUGUUCUAGCAUCAUUCAUACCUUUUGCUAAAUACCUCCGAUUUUAAUAUUUGUUGCAGCUUCAGUGAACUGGCUCCUCACGUGUCUUGCGUCAUCGACGUGUCUGGAAGGACCAGGCCGUUUACCUUUUUAUUAGUACUAGUACUGUGUAGGAUUGUGUGACUGGUUGAAUUGGUUUUAUGCUGGAGCUUUUGAUACUGUACAGCUUUUUAAAGAUUUUAUCAACGCAAAUUAAACGUCCAUGAAUGUGAA